UACAAAUGUACAGGUUUCUUCUUCUUAAUUUCAGCUCCUCUCUUUACCCACGUUCUUUGGGCUCUUCACCGUUCAACUCUUCUCAUUAUAUAAAUUUAAUCAACAUGGAAUUCUCCUUUCUUCAUCCUACCCUCAUUGAUAUUUCACUUUCUUGUAGCAUCUCUGUCGCUAUUUUCUUCAACUGUUUUACUAUUUCUAGCUUCAAGUUGACUUCCUUCACUUGGAUGCUAAAGAUUCUUUAAGCUCAUGAUGGAUCUCCUCUGCACAACUUAAAGAUCUGUGCAACUUCAUGGCCUUUUUAAGCAAUACUUAUUCAUUACUUUUUUGAUUUUAUUGGCCAAAUGAAAAGGUCGUUUCGUCCUCUCUUCAGCAUUCUACUGCUUGCAGUCGUGGCUGUUACUUUAAGCUUUCAAAUCGUUCACCAUGCCGGCGGCAGCUUCUUCAGCUCGUUUGAUCUUGGAAAUAAGAUUUUUGUGCAACAACAACCCGAACCUCGCCCAUUAUUCAACCCUAUUUUACUCAAGUAUGCCGCUAUUGAUUUAGCUGAGGAGGGCUUGAAGAAGGAGAUUGAGCAACUCUUGGAGGCGAACUUUGCGAGCCAACGAGGGCACCGUACCGUCGACACGUGGCACAGAUUUCAUCGUGAUAUCAGAACCAGGUCUUCUUCAGGACUCUCGGUAACGGUCCGGUCCCCGUUAUUUUCUCGUUAUUGGCUAGAUUUUAGAAGGAACUUAAAUGAAUGGGCUAGGAAGAAAAAAUUUCAAGCUGAUAUAAUGAAUGAAUUGAUUAGAUUAGUAAAGCAUCCUAUUGAUAGGCAGAAUGGAUUAAUGGGUUCGGAUAAUAAAUAUCAGUCUUGUGCUGUUGUGGGGAAUAGUGGAAUUUUGUUGAAAAGUAAUUAUGGAGCUGUGAUUGAUAGUCAUGAGAUUGUAAUAAGAUUGAACAACGCCAGGAUUGAGAAGUUUGAACAGAUGGUGGGUUCGAAAACUAAUGUAUCUUUUAUAAAUAGUAAUAUUUUGCAUCUUUGUGCUAGGAGGGAAACGUGUUUCUGCCACCCUUAUGGAGUGAAUGUUCCAUUGGUUAUGUACAUUUGUCAGCCUGUGCAUUUCUUGGAUUAUAUCAUAUGUAAUGCAUCUCAUAAUGCCUCUUUGCUUAUCACAGACCCGAGAUUUGAUAUGUUGUGUUCUAGAAUUGUGAAGUACUACUCGUUGAAACGGUUUGUGGAGGAGUUAGAGAAGCCAUUGGAGGAAUGGGCAUCUGCUCAUGAUGGUUUUAUGUUCCAUUACUCUUCUGGUAUGCAAGCUGUGAUGCUUGCUUUGGGAGUUUGUGACAAAGUUAGUAUAUUUGGCUUUGGGAAAUCUGCUUCAGCUAAGCAUCAUUACCAUACAAAUCAAAAGGCUGAGCUUGGGUUGCAUGAUUAUGAGGCAGAAUAUGCAUUUUAUCAUGAUCUAGUGGAAAAUCAACAGGCAAUACCAUUCAUUUCAGACAAGUUUAAGAUACCUCCUGUGGCUCUCAUCUUUCUCUUUGGGAAGAAAUUGGAUCCACAUGUAGCAGUGAUAUGUAUUUUUCAAGUCAUUUAUCAGUACUAUAUGUUCAGAUAUGUAGACUGGUGAGAAGGGUACAUAAACACACAUAUUUAGAGGUUUGUGUGUGAUUUUUAUCAUAUUUUUCGCCUGUGGUUUUUGUGGUCUAUAUAUGUACCAAAUCAUGUAAAAUAGGUACUUGACUGAAAUGUACUUUUGUUUUAGGAAAAUUAGUAAAAAUCGUCUAACUUUGGGAGGUUUUUGCUAUAUUAGCUACAACUCCAAGGAUUAUAUGGAAUAGUCAAGAAAAUGAGUUCUACUGAAAUUGCCCAACCAUAUAAAUGGGGUUUGACCACUGUUGACUCAUGUGAAAUAACCUAUCUUAGCUC